UUACACAUUCUAGUGCCCUGAAGGGAGCCUGGCUGUCUAUAAAUUGAAACAACUUAACAUCUUUCUCUUAGCAUUGUCUUAUAAGUAAAUUUACUGAUGCCUAUAGACCUACUCUGGUUAGUAAGUAUGUACGUAUCACAAAGCAAUUAAGCUUAUUUUUUAUUUUAUGUAAUUUUUUCUGGCUAGAAAUCAUGUCUAUAUCUCUAGGUGUAUUAUUUUGAUUGCUGCAUACUUAGUUCUCUGCCAACCGUCCUUUUGAAUUUUUGGUUCUACACUAAGGAGGAAAAAUCAUGGAACAUGGACAAACCUGUAAAGAUGAAGAUACUGAGAUUCAGAAUGGCGAAGUGGUUUACCUGAAGAUUUAGAGCCUUAACCCUUCUACUGUGUCUGGAUUCCCCACAUGCAGGACCAUGGUGGAGUUAGUUGCCAUCCUUCAUUCUGCGCAUAGGAGAUUAGUCUGGCUACUUUGUAUCUGAGCAUGCAAGGUCUCCAGUUCUAACAUGGCAGACAAUGCUACACAUCGCUACAUCUCAUCUUUUUUCCUGGUUGGUAUUCCUGGUUUGCAAGAUUUUCACUGCUGGAUUGGCAUCCCGGUCUGCCUCCUGUUUGCCCUGGCCCUGCUGGGGAACAGUGUAAUCAUCAUCACCAUCAAACUAGAACCAAGCCUCCACCAGCCUAUGUAUUUCUUCCUUUGUAUGCUGGCAGUGAAUGACAUGGCUCUUGCCUCUUCCAUGGCCCCCAAGAUGCUUGGUAUCUUCUGGAUGGAUGCACAUUGGAUUGACUUUGACACCUGCCUGACACAGUUGUAUUUCAUUCACACAUUCUGCAUAAUUGAAUCAUCCCUCUUGGUUGCCAUGGCCUUUGACCGCUAUGUAGCUAUUUGUAUCCCAUUGCGUUAUACAACCAUCCUGACAACACCAAUGGUCAUUAAAAUGGGUCUAGUUGGUAUGACCCGAGCUAUCCUUAUGGUUUUGCCCUGUCCUCUUCUUAUUAAAAGGCUACCAUGUUAUACUAAAUAUGUCAUCAAUCAUGCCUACUGUGAGCACAUGGCUGUGGUGAAGUUGGCCAGUGCCAACACCCUCAUUAACAGAGUGUACGGAAUCUCUGUGGCCCUUUCAGUGAUGGUGUGGGACCUAGGGCUCAUAGCCGCAUCCUAUACCAAAAUCCUCCAGGCAGUCUUCCGGCUGUCUUCCCAGAAUGCCCGCUCGAAAGCGCUGGGCACCUGUGCUGCCCAUGUGUGCACUAUACUUGUCUCCUACACCCCUGCACUGUUUAGUUUCCUAACUCACCGCAUUGGCAAGAAGGUACCUCCAAGCAUUCAUAUAAUUUUUGCGAGUUUGUAUCUUUUGGUGCCUCCCGCAGUCAAUCCCCUGGUGUAUGGCGUCAAGACCAAGCAGAUUCGUGACCGAGUGGCUGGUCUCUUCUUCCCAAGCAAGAAGAUUUCUGGAAACUAAAAUAUGUAAAUACAAACCCAUAUUGGCAGAAUCUGUUUUAUGAAGUCAUGGUAUGUUAACAGUAGUUGCAACUUUGUCCCCAAAAUGCUAUUUUUCAAUUCAGUUAUACCUUUUAGCGGGGACAUUUGAUGUUGUGUAUUUUUCUCUUAUUUUUAUUUUGUAAUAUUUCCUUGUCUUUCUCUUGUUUA